GACAUGCACGAAAGUUGGCCACUUAAACUACUUCCAACCAGACAGCAGACAUUAUACUGAACCCAAACUACGCCAGGGGAAAAGAAUAACAGUGCGUUUCUGCAACUCUGAGAGACAACUUCGAUUGCAACUGCGCUAUUUUGCAGAUUUUAUUUUCAUUCGGUUGUUGUUGUUUGGUUUCAUUUUGGCAUCGCAGCAGAGAGGAGCAUCACUUUUGUUUUUCCCGGUGGAAGAAGGGCUUGUCCGGUUUCCCCGCCUGGGAUUGGGAUUUGACAGCAGACUCUUUUAUAACAGAUUCAAAGGCAUUCCGUUUUUUCCUCUUGGACUUUGUGAGAGUAACAAGUUCGAGUACAUUUUGUUGUUGUGUCGGUAGCAUGAUGGCUACUUUGCCCGGAACUGUGCCUCGGAUGGUGCGCCCUGCGCCAGGCCAGAAUUACCCCCGAACCGGCUUUCCUCUGGAAGUGUCCACCCCUCUGGGCCAGGGGAGGGUGAACCAGCUUGGCGGCGUGUUCAUCAACGGGAGGCCCCUGCCAAAUCACAUCCGACACAAGAUAGUGGAGAUGGCCCACCACGGCAUCCGACCCUGCGUAAUCUCGCGACAACUGCGAGUUUCUCACGGUUGUGUUUCCAAGAUCCUGUGCCGGUACCAGGAGACGGGCUCGAUCCGUCCGGGAGCCAUCGGAGGCAGCAAGCCCAGGCAGGUGGCAACUCCUGAUGUGGAGAAGCGGAUCGAGGAGUACAAGCGAGAGAACCCGGGGAUGUUCAGCUGGGAGAUCCGGGAUAAGCUGCUGAAGGACGGGGUGUGCGACAGAAGCACGGUUCCUUCAGGUGAGGCUUCAUCUGUGAGCUCCAUCAGCCGCGUUUUGAGGGCCCGAUUUGGCAAAAAAGAUGACGAGGAUGACUGUGAUAAGAAGGAUGAAGAUGGAGAAAAGAAAACAAAGCAUAGCAUCGAUGGCAUCCUCGGUGAUAAAUGUAACCGCACAGACGAGGGUUCAGAUGUGGAUUCGGAGCCUGACCUGCCUCUGAAGAGGAAGCAGAGACGCAGCCGCACCACCUUCACGGCCGAGCAGCUGGAAGAGCUGGAGAAGGCGUUUGAGAGGACGCAUUACCCCGACAUCUACACCCGGGAGGAGCUGGCUCAGAGGACCAAACUCACAGAAGCCAGAGUGCAGGUGUGGUUUAGCAACAGGCGAGCUCGGUGGCGCAAACAAGCCGGAGCCAAUCAGCUCGCUGCCUUCAACCACCUGCUUCCUGGAGGGUUCCCGCCCACAGGGAUGCCCACUUUACCUACAUACCAGCUACAAGACACAAGCUACCCCGGCGCCACGCUAUCACAGGAGGGUAGCACAUUGCAUAGACCCCAGCCCCUGCCUCCAUCCUCCAUGCACCAGGGAGGUCUGGGCGCCGAUGGCAGCUCCGCUUACGGCCUCUCAUCCAACCGACACAGCUUCUCCAGCUACUCCGACACCUUCAUGAGCCCCUCGGCCUCCGGCAACCACAUGAACUCCGUCGGCAAUGGGCUCUCCCCACAGGUGAUGAGUAUCCUGAGCAACCCAAGCGCCGUGCCCUCCCAGGCCCAGCACGACUUCUCCAUUUCCCCCCUGCACGGCAGCCUGGAGAGCUCCAACCCCAUCUCGGCCAGCUGCAGCCAGCGCUCCGACACCAUCAAGAGUGUGGACAGCCUGGCCUCCUCCCAGUCCUACUGCCCCCCCACCUACAGCGCCACCAGCUACAGUGUGGACCCUGUGACUGCGGGCUACCAGUACAGCCAGUAUGGACAGACUGCUGUUGACUACCUGGCGAAGAACGUCAGCUUGUCCACCCAGAGGAGGAUGAAACUCGGGGACCACUCAGCCGUGCUCGGGCUUCUACAGGUGGAGACGGGACAGGCAUACUGAAGCAACUCCCUUGGACACAGACACCCAGCGUGCACCACCCUCCUGCUGCACCCACCUUCUCCCAUGCUCCAUCAAGUUUGGACUCCAACUCCGGCCAUGACAUCAGCGCACAGACUCGCAGCAGAAAGUGACGCUUUGUAGGUGUGACAAGGCACCUCUGGGAAUUGAAUCAAACUUUUUCACGCCACUGUCAGCCACCAGGCGGCUCUGCAAACCCGUCUUUCUCAUAUUCCGGCAUCUCUGCCUGCUUCCUGUUCUCCAUCCCCAGCCCCAAGCCCUGGUUUGUUUCCCUCGGAAGGCCAGACAGGACCCUGAAGCACUCGGGGAUCGUCGGCCGCCUUGGCCCUACUCCCUCUUUGUCAUGGCUGCAGUCCAGCACACAUCCAGAGCCAUCAACAUGUACUUUGACCUUGCUGUUCAUAGUAGUUAACAAAGCCAAUAUCAUUUGAACGCCUCUUCUUCUUGUUCCUUUUUGAUAUUGUUAAGAUUAUUGUUGCUGUUCUAUGAUUAUGGCUAAUGUGAUUUAUGUUGUUCUUUGAUUCCACUCCUAUCUCUUUUUCCCUGUUAGAUGUCGGUGUGUAAAACGCAGAGCGGAUGAGACGAUCUGAGAGUGUGUGUCUGUUGCGUGUGCAUGUUUUUUGUUUUUUUUUUGCGUGUCGGCACAGUCUCACAAGAGAGGAUGAUUGUUUUCCAAGCUGCUGCUCCUCUGCCUGUUCCCUGAGCUCUAAUGUUUGUGAGCGGUUUGACCUUCCCACUUUCAUAUUCGUCUUGACAUUCCUAAAGAACUUGGCCACUCUGUGGGAAGUCUGGCUGGAUGGAUUCUGCAGGGAAUUAAAGCAGCGUUUUGGCCGCCAAUAGCUUUCCCCUUCUAACCUCCAUCCCAUCCUUAGCCGCGGUCCGUGGGGAGGGGGGGCAUUGUUUGCAAAAACAGGAUUGGGAAAAUUAAUGUAUUUUGUUUAGAAAUAUGGACCUUGCCAAGGAGGGCUAACUCAAUCCCCCCCCUGAUGACUCCUCCCCCCUCAAAAUCCCAUCUGUUGGGAAACCCUGUGUGACUUGAAAGCAGAUUAAAUCACACAAAAAUAAUUUCAAAGCUAAUUCACAGUGACCCUUCCCAUCAUUAGGCAGUAUUUCUGUUUUUACAGCCUAAUUAGCACAUUUUGUAAAUGCACCUUCAGCUGGUUUCCACUGUCUUGGACUGAACAAGCAUUCCUCGAAACAUUCCACAUGCUCCGACUACAAAUAAACUACAAGCAUUCCAAAGCUCUCUGUUAUGAGAUUAAGAAGUACACAAGCUGUGGCAUUCACAUGCACUGUGGAAAAUCAUUUAAUCCAGUCAGAUGUGAAAGGGCACAGGUAACACGGCUGAUUGGCCCCUGCUCUGGUUUAUAAUCCACCGAUUUAAAAACUCACAGAAAUGUAGAAAAAGAAGAGAGAGAGUAGGGCGUAUGAGACAUUUGUGGAGCCCUCAUAGCUGACUAUUGACACGAUCCAGGACCAGCUGAUUCUUUGAGAUGUGCGUGACUUCUUUCUUUCUUUUUGUUUUUUUUUUAACAUCGGUAUCCAUGUGGUGAUGCUGAUGUGCGCAGACAGGAUUUGGUCCUCAGUCGCCUUUGAACCCUGUACAGUAGCUGGAGCAGAUUGUGUAUUGUUUGUUUAUAAAGAGUAUGUUUUAUACUAAAACAAAACUUAUGUGGAGUGGUAGGUAAGCAAGGGAUCUGUGGAAGUAAAUGUGUGAUUUGAGUUUCCUUAACUGGCUUGUUUUUUUUUGUUAGUUUUGUUUUAAUUGUAUUUAAUUGGUUUACCUGUUCUGACCAAAAGUUCUGUUUCUGGUUUAAGCCCAGGUAAGAAUGAAUUUGUAUAAAUUAGUAAAAUAAAAAUUCCAUUAAAAAUGUUCCAAUUGUAAAAAAAGAGGAUCAAACUGAGCUCAAUGGAAAUGAACUCCAUGGACCACACAGGACCACUGUAUAUUUAAAAAGGCGGUUAAAAGAGGCGUCCUCAUGCGAGCAUCUCGAGGGUGUUUCUGCCACCUGAUCUCACAGACUGAUUAAAGAAGUGAAGACCAGACUUGACUCCACCAAGGACUCUUUGAGACUUUGGUACAAUAGUCUACCAGCAGUUCACAAGCACAAAGAGGAUGAUGACAAAGAAGCCGGUGAAGAAGUCCUCUCUGCUCUGGGAAACUGACUCGAGUCACGUUCGAUUUGUUGGACCAAUAAGACUCAAGGAGAGAAAAAGUCAAGGCAACGCUGACUCCGCACUGAUUCGCAGACUGCUCCCUCUGCUUUGACGCCUCACUCAUGUGUAUAUUUUAAAAAGGAAGAAUUUUAGAAUCGUCUUUAGUGUAUCAAACCCAUUUCUAACACUUGCGUCAAUAAACAUUUGGAUAUUUAAAGCUCCUUUACCCCCCACCCCCCUCCUCUUCCUACCUGUCUGUUUGACCCUUAACCUGUUUAGUUGCUUUCUGACAUCUGUGCUUUGCUUUACCUCCUUCUUCUGUUCCGCAUGUGUGUAUAUUAUCAUGGUAUAAUUUAUUCUGCUGUAUGAAGUAUUAGAGUAGUGGGAAACUUGUACUGGUAUUUACUACCUUCAGCCUGUUGGUGUGUUUACUGUAACACUGGCGUAACUGUUAUCAAUUAAAGAUCAAAACUGA